GUGAAAGCUCUGAAUAUGUUUCUACAAGGGUCUAUGCCUGUAGUGUGGGGCAUGGUUGAGAGUGUAAGAGUAUGAGUGUGUGAUUAUGAGUCUUGAGCGUGACUUUGCUCAUGGGGUAUGCACUUCGGGAGGAGUGAAUGAGCAUGAAUGAGAACUGGGCUUGGGACAGGCCAACUGUGAGAGUGAGCAUGUGAGGACACCUGAGAACCCAGGCGAGUUGGAGUGUGUGAGGGUGUGAACACAUGUGUGUGAGCACAUCAACUGCUCCUGGGUUUGUGUGUCUGUUUGCACUCUCCAAUGGAGGAUAUCCAAAUGAGAGGGAAAUCACCGAGGUCCCUGUCUGGAGAAAACUGAGAGAUAUACCAUUUCUAGUUGAGGAUUCCAGAUGGGGUUGAAGGUCACGUGGGGCCAAGGUUACCUUGCUCCCUGGUCUGGGUGAGAGUAAGGGGCUUCUAAGUGGGCUUCUUGCUGCCAGUUACUGGCCCUGGAGGCUCUGGAGACUCUUCCCAGGGCAACAACUGGGGGGCCCCUUUCAUGGGCAGCCCUUCCUUGGACUCUGUACCUCCUCCUUCCCCCUCCCUGAUACUGGAAGCCUGGCCCCAGGCCUGGGGUUGGGCAACCAGGGUGGCAGGGUGUCUCUCCAUCCCCCAUCCCAGCACCUCCCUGUGUCCUGACGGGUUUCUCCCCACAGGUGACCAGCGCCAUGUCCAGCCAGGUGGUGGGCAUUGAGCCUCUCUACAUCAAGGCAGAGCCAGCCAGCCCAGACAGCCCAAAGGGUUCCUCCGAGACUGAGACUGAGCCCCCUGUAGCCCUGGCCCCUGGCCCAGCUCCUACUCGCCACCUCCCAGGCCACAAGGAAGAGGAGGAUGGGGAGGGGGCUGGGCCUGGUGAGCAGGGUGGUGGGAAGCUGGUGCUCAGCUCCCUGCCUAAACGCCUCUGCCUGGUCUGUGGGGACGUGGCCUCCGGCUACCACUAUGGUGUGGCAUCCUGUGAGGCCUGCAAAGCCUUCUUCAAGAGGACCAUCCAGGGGAGCAUCGAGUACAGCUGUCCGGCUUCCAAUGAGUGUGAGAUCACCAAGCGGAGACGCAAGGCCUGCCAGGCCUGUCGCUUCACCAAGUGCCUGCGGGUGGGCAUGCUCAAAGAAGGGGUACGUCUGGACCGUGUCCGGGGUGGGCGACAGAAGUACAAGCGGCGACCAGAGGUGGAUCCACUGCCCUUCCCAGGCCCCUUCCCUGCUGGACCCCUGGCAGUAGCUGGCGGCCCUCGGAAGACAGCCCCAGUGAAUGCACUGGUGUCCCACCUGCUGGUGGUAGAGCCUGAGAAGCUGUAUGCCAUGCCCGACCCAGCGGGCCCUGAUGGACACCUCCCAGCCGUAGCUACCCUCUGUGACCUCUUUGACCGAGAGAUUGUGGUCACCAUCAGCUGGGCCAAGAGCAUCCCAGGCUUCUCAUCACUGUCACUGUCAGACCAGAUGUCAGUACUGCAGAGCGUGUGGAUGGAGGUACUGGUGUUGGGUGUGGCCCAGCGCUCACUGCCACUGCAGGAUGAGCUGGCCUUCGCUGAGGACCUGGUCCUGGAUGAAGAGGGGGCACGAGCAGCUGGUCUGGGGGAACUUGGGGCUGCCCUGCUGCAGCUGGUACGGCGAUUGCAGGCCCUGCGGCUGGAACGGGAGGAGUAUGUCCUGCUGAAGGCCCUGGCCCUUGCCAACUCAGACUCUGUGCACAUUGAAGAUGCUGAGGCUGUGGAGCAGCUGCGAGAAGCUCUCCAUGAGGCCCUGCUAGAGUAUGAAGCAGGCCGGGCAGGCCCCGGAGGGGGUGCUGAGAGGCGGCGGGCAGGCAGGCUGCUGCUCACACUACCACUCCUUCGCCAGACAGCGGGCAAAGUGCUGGCCCAUUUCUAUGGGGUGAAGCUGGAGGGCAAGGUGCCCAUGCACAAGUUGUUCUUGGAGAUGCUCGAGGCCAUGAUGGACUGAGGCAAGGGGUGGGCAUGGGUGGGGGUGCUGGCAGGACCCGCCCAGCAUGGGGUCAGCCCCAAGGGGGCAGAGCUGGGGUCUGGGCAGUGCCACAGCCUGCUGGAAGGGCCAAGGCAAUACCAUCAGCCCCUGGGAGCAGGCCCUACACCCUCCUCUCCCCCUUCCUUGGGGGUGUUAGAAGCUGGGAACGUAUGUGCCCAGGCUCUGGGCACAGUGCUGCCCCUUGCAAGCCAUAACGUGCCCCCAGAGUGUAGGGGAUGCUGCAGAAGCCAUAGGGGGCUGCAGGGGAUGUGUGGGGGAGGGGGGGCAGAAGCCUGAUCUCAGGGAGGGGAGGGAGUGGAGGCCACAGUCUCCCAGUGGGUGAUGCUUUUGCUGCUGCUUAAUCCAACCCCCUCUCCAGAGCAGAGGGAAAUUUGGAGAGCAAAGGCCCCUGCCCCCUUGGCUCCUCUCAUCAUUUGCAUUGGGCAUUCUGCCCCCCCCCCCCUUGAAGCAAUAACUCCAAGCAGGCUCCAGCCCCUGGACCCCUGGGGUGGCCAAGGUCCCCCAUCAGCUCCCACCUAGCCUCCUCAGGGGGUAGGGAGAGCACUGCCUCUAUGCCCUGCAGAGCAAUAACACUAUAUUUAUUUUUGGGUUUGGCCAGGGAGGCACAGGGACAUGGGGCAAGCCAGGGCCCAGAGCCCUUGGCUGUACAGAGACUCUAUUUUAAUGUAUAUUUGUUGCAAAGAAAAACCGCUUUUGGUUUUGAACCUUUAAUGAGAAAAAAAAUAUAUCGAGCUCAAGAACA